AGAAUAAUGAAUUGAACACUACUGUACGAUUCACUCUAAAGGUGGGCAAAAAAUUACUUGCGUGUUUGGCGGGUUGCAUGAAUCAGGAUAAUUCACAUGGAAUUUUUUUUUCUUCCCCAAGCAUUCUUUAGAUAGGCAUAGCUUCUGUUUCAUUGCAUCCGUGUAUGAAAGGUACACAAAAUGAAAUACUACUCGAGAAGAUUAUUCAAUAUUUAAUUACCGUAAGACGUUAAUUCUCCUAAAAUUAUGUUGUACUUAGCAGCACUUGCAGCAAAUUUGGGUAUGAUUUCGGCAGGACUAUUUUUUGGAUGGUCCUCACCGUCGAUACCAUUGUUAACACAAAAUGAUUCUCCAAUAAAAUUAAGCUCUAAUGAAGCUUCAUGGGUAGCUUCAUUGUUUAAUGUUGGAGCAUCAUUUGGCGCAGUACUUUCUUUAUUCAUGGUACACAAAUGCGGACGAAAGGCAACUAUGAUUUUCUCCGUGUUACCUUCUAUUUUUGGUUGGAUUAUUAUUGCUUUCGCUGUUUCACCUUGGCAACUUUACAUAUCGAGAAUAAUUUGCGGUAUCGCAUCUGGAACAUCGUAUUCCACAACCCCAGCUUAUUUAGGAGAAAUUUCACCUCCAAAUGUGCGAGGAAUAUUAGGAUCAAUGUUGACAGUCUCGGCGAAAUUUGGAAUGCUUUUAGAAUAUUGUAUUGGACCAUUUGUGACGGUGAAAAAUUUAGCUCUCAUCUCAUUGACAAUACCAAUUUUAUUUCUAAUUACAUUUGUCUGGCUACCAGAAACUCCAUAUCAAUUAAUGCGUUUAGGAAAAUUGAAAGAGGCCGAAAAAUCAUUAACACAAUUGAGAGCAGCUAAUCAGGAUAUUGUCGAGGAAAUAAAAAUUAUCGAACAAUCAGUUAAAGACGAUCAGAUCAAUGGAAAUGGAAUGAGAAUUAUUUUUUCCGUCUCUGGAAAUCGAAGAGCACUGAUAGCUUGCCUGGGUUUACUGUUGAUUCAACAAAUGUCUGGCAGUCAGGCCGUAACUGCAUAUGCUGAAAAAAUUUAUGACGAAGCUAAUAGUGGCUUAGAGGGGAAAUAUCUCACAAUGAUGUUAGGAACUAUUCAAAUAAUUGUGACAAUAUUUUCUGGAAUGAUAACAGAUCGCAUUGGACGUCGACCAUUACUUUUAUUGUCCACAAUAGGCUGCGCAAUUUCCACUGGAAUUGUUGCCAUCUAUUUUCAUUUAAUUUAUCUACAAAUUACAGAAAUAAGUACUGGAUUUGGUUGGAUAGCAGCACUGGGCAUAACAUUCUACAUAAUCUUUUAUUCCCUUGGCUUAUCUGGCCUGCCAUUUGCCAUGAUUGGCGAACUUUUUUCAACAAAUGUAAAAGCAUUCUCGAGUACAAUUUGUAUUGUGUUUGUUAAUAUUCUUUCAAUUCUUGUUAUAAAAACCUAUCAGAUAUUGAAUGAUUUUGUUGGUAUUCAAUCGGCAUUUUGGUUGUAUACUUUGUGUUCAAUUGUUGGUGGGGUUUUUAUUUUUUUCUAUGUUCCUGAGACUAAUGGGAAAAGUCUGCAGUGUAUACAGAAGGAACUACAGAAAAUAGUGGAAGUUAAAAGUAAUUUAGUCGUUGAACAACAAAGUAUGCUUAAAGUUAGAUUCGUAGCGGCUGCUUUCGGAGCCAGCAUGGGAAUGUUUUCAUUAGGGACCUACGUUGGUUGGGCAUCGCCAACAAUGUCAAAAUUACUGAAGGACGAUUCUCCGAUAAAAUUAACGAAAGAUGAGGCUUCACUUGCCGUUUCAUUGUUAAAAGCUGGAAAUGCAAUUGGUUGCAUUUUCUCAAUAUUUCUUGCCGAUCUAAUUGGACGGAAGGGGACAAUUGUUCUUUCCAUUGUUCCAACGACAAUUGGUUGGAUAAUUAUAUUAUUCGCAAAAUCGGCGACGACAUUAUACGUAGCACGAAUUGUGGGUGGAGUAUCAAAUGGAUUAUCCGCAACCACCGUUCCCAUGUAUCUAGCAGAAAUUUCUCCAGCUUCAAUCAGAGGCACUGUUGAAUCUUGUGCAAUAAUACUAAUGUACAUUGCAAUUAUUUUCGCCUAUGGAAUUGGACCGUUUAUCGAUGUACGUCAAUUCGCUGAAAUAGCAAUAGCAAUAUCUUUAUUUCACUUUUUCUUUUUCAUUUGGUUUCCUGAAACGCCUUAUUAUUUGAUAAAAUGCAAAAACGAAGCUUCUGCUCGAGAGACGUUGAAUUUUUUACGUAAUAAUUCCAUUUCCGAAGAAUUUGAAUCAAUUAAACGUACCGCUGGCACCGAGCAAAAUUGGAGGAUUCGAGAGAUUUUUUCCUGCCAUAAAGAUACGAAAACACUGAUCCUUGGUGUGGGAGUGAUGUUAAUAACAGUUACAUGUGGAGAAGUAUUAAUCCUGAACAAUUCAGAAAUGCUGUUUAAUUCAAUAGAGGGAAAAGUUUUAGACGGAAAAUACGCCAGUAUGAUAUUAUCGGGAAUAUUAUUAAUAAUUUCCUUAAUUUUCUUCACAUUGGUCGAUCGUAUUGGAAGGAAACUCCUACUAAUUCUAUCAUCGACGGGAGUUAUAAUUUUCACUUGUUUAGUGGGAAUAUUUUUCUAUUUUCAACAAUCGGGUUACAAUACUCGCGCUCUAAGUUGGCUACCAAUGUUUGGUAUUUUAUUAAUAAUUGCCAGUACAUCGAUUGGUGCAACAGCGAUACCAUACGUGGUUGUCAGUGAAAUUUUUCCCAUGAAAUUUAAAGCCAUUUAUUCGGGUAUCAGUAUGUGUUUGACUUUCUUCUCGGCAUUUAUUGCUUUGGAAAUAUUUGCCUUUUUUAUAAAUCAUGUGAAUAUUUAUACUGCAUUUUGGACGCUUGGGGCUGUGAAUGUGUGUAAUGUUAUUUUUAUUUAUUUAUAUCUGCCGGAAACGAAGCGUAAAACUUUGGAGGAGAUUCAGAUGAAUACGAUUACUCAUUGAAAUUAAAAUUAUAUACUGUUGUAUUUUUAAUAAUAAUAAUAAUUAUAUGAUUAACUACCUAAUAAUUAUAUUAUAAUUAAUUAAUUAUUAUAAUUAUUAAAAAAAAUAUUAUCAAUAUUAUAAAUUAUUUAAGUAAUGAAAUUUAUACAUAUAAUUUAAUUAUUAAUUAAUAAUUAUAUGAGGUUCAAUUUUGACACAGAAGAGAAUUUUUCAGUUGAAAAUUUUUUUAUAUAACUUUGCGGA